AUGUAACGCAACAAUCACUCUGUCAGCACAACAUGCCAAAUCCCAUGUUACGCUGAACACAUUCAUUUACCGCACACUCGGCUUUCCGAAAACGGAAUUCGGCGGGCGGGCAAUCUCCUUGACCUAGAGUCGCAGGCACUAAUUCACAUCACCGUGAAAAAUGGCGCCAUCAGGUUGGGGAGCCUCGAGAAUGGAUGGUGAUGCUGCUGCCCGUGGUGCGCUUCUCCGCACCGCCAACACCAACAGCAGCGGCGACAAGACUAAGACAGCAGCGACAGAAAUGACGGUGAACUACCAUACCAUCAACAACACCAACCACCGCUACGACAGUCCCCGAUCAUCCGCAGACCUGACCUACCUCGAUCCCGAGCCCUACGACUCCGACAACGACACUAUGGGUUCAUCCUCCUCACCCAUUCUCGAAUCCCAGCAGCAACUUCCCCAUCACCGACGUGAAGGAGCAGAAGACCAAGAGGAUGGACACGCCGCCGCCGCCGCUGCUGACCUCGUAACCACCACCGAAUCCCGCUCACUCACCCGCGGCCUCGCCCAGCGCCACCUCUCCAUGCUCGGCAUCGCCGGCUCCAUCGGCACCGGUCUGUUCCUGGGGCUCGGCGGUGCCGUCGCGCGCGGCGGUCCUCUCGGUGCGCUGCUGGGCUACUUUGUCAUCGGCCUGAUUGUGUGCGCGGUGCAGUUCGCCUUGGGGGAAGUCGCGUCCCUGUUGCCGGUAACGGGCAGCUUCGUGCGCCACGCCGAGUUCCUGGUCGACCCGGCCUGGGGGUUCGCGAUUGGCUGGAAUCUGGUGUAUGGCAAUGUCUUGUCCAUCCCGAGCGAGAUCACGGCGAUUUGUGUCUUGUUUGAGUACUGGACGGAGGGCCGCGUCAGCCCGGCCGUGUUUAUUGUCUUUUUUGUGGUGGUGACGGUCGGGGUGGGGAUGGCGCUCGUGCGGGUGUUUGGGGAGGUGGAGUUUGUUUUUGCAAUGCUCAAGGUGGUGUUGGUGGUGUUUUUGAUCUUGCUGGGGCUGGUGAUUGAUUUGGGGGGGAUCCCGGGAACGGAGAGGAUCGGGUUUCGGUAUUGGAAGAGUCCGGGGCCGUUUGUGGAGUAUAUUGCCACGGGAGAUUGGGGGAGGUUUUUGGGGUUUUGGAGCGUCAUGACGGGGGCGGUGUUCUCGUUUGCGGGCGUGGAGAGUCUGGCGAUGGCGGCGGCGGAGACGAGGAACCCCCGGAAGGCGAUACCGAGGGCUUGCAAGCGCGUGUUUGCGAGGGUGGUGCUGUUUUAUAUGCUGGCGGUGCUGGUGGUUGGUAUGUUGGUGGCGAGCGAUGAUCCGAGGCUCGAUGGUAGCGGUGAUAGCGUCGCGCAGAGCCCGUUCGUGAUCGCGGCUUCGGCGGCGGGCAUCAAGGCGAUUCCAUCGGUGGUCAACGCCAUCGUGAUUACUUCCGCGUGGUCUGCGUCUAACCAGAGCUUGUUGGCGGGCACGAGGGUCUUGUAUGGACUGGCGCUGAAGGGACAAGCUCCCAAGAUCUUCUUGCGGACUACGUCGUGGGGAACGCCGUACAUGUGUGUACUCCUGUUUGGAGUUUUCAUGUCUCUGAGCUUCAUGAGUCUCUCGGAGCGCGCUAUCAACGUGUUCUGGUGGUUGGUACGGCUGACCUCGGCGGGAGUAUUGGUGUCUUGGUCAUCCAUCUUGGUGAAUCAUAUCCGCUUGAGAAAGGCAAUGGACAGGCAGGGCAUUGCAUAUACCAGGCUGCCGUGGUCCAGCUGGUGGACUGUCUACAGCUCGCCGGUAGCCCUGUUCAUGUGCAUCGUCAUUCUCCUAACAGGAGGCUUCAGCGUUUUUACCAAGGGUAACUGGGAUGCCGCUACAUUUGUCUCCUCAUACUUGGACAUUCCGAUCGUCCUCAUCGCCUACCUGGCUUGGAAGUUUUACAAGAAGACCAAGAUCGUGUCCCUGGAUGACGUCCCCCUUGAUAUUGCAUUCGAGCAAGCCGAAGACGCCAUUUUCGAGGACCCCGAAGAAGGGAAGACUAAAGGGUGGGCACGGGUUGUGAGUUGGAUAUGGGAUUAGAAGGAGAGGCGCUUACGGCCGGUACGUUUACGCAACGCUACGAUACCGAUGAUGACAAUCACUUAUGCAUUUACACAGCCACAACAUAGAGUUAUAUAUCUUGCCAUUUCCUACAUUUCCUCCCUCUUCUAAACUUGCUUACCAUGUGCUUAAGUAUCUGCAGCCUUGUGGAGUCGAUGUCGCUUGGGUUCGCCGUUGCCUCGACGCAUUACGGCUUGAGGUUAGCUGGAAAUCUCACAACUACACUGCUCUUCUGAAGCGGUAUUAUUAGAAACAGUCGAUGGUGGGUAUUUAAUCUGGCUUUUUUCGAAGGCCAGCGCAGGCAGGUGUAUAUAGUUAAUCAACAAACCACCUUAUUCUACAGGCGGCAUCCAUUGGACCCUCGA